AUGGACCCAAGCAGGAAUUCGGCAGAUACCAGAAAUGCCGAUAUGAAGCUUAAUUAUGGGAGCUUGACAGCAUCGUCGUCGGGUUCGACAGAUACCUCGAGUUCUAAUAAUAAUAAUCACAGUAAUAUGAAUGUACCAGUGCAGAGUUUGUUUGAUCACCGUUGGUCGAACCCAUCUGUUAACUAUCCGAUGUACGUCAAUAGCAUGUCAGGCAGCGAUUCGGUGAAUGCGACAAUCGGUGGCGGAUCAAUUGAUAAUGGUAACAAACAGUAUUACUCGUCAGAUAAUCAGGUGAAUUAUGUCAAAAAACAAAGUACCGGCAAUCAGGAACUUUAUUCUACAUUCAAAGAAUCACCUCCGACAUUAAAGGCAGAAAUUCAAAGCUUACCUCCUUCGAGCAUAAACUUGCCCAAGCGGAAACCUAGUGUUCAGGCAUCUGACAAAACCAAAUCUACAAAAUAUAAUAGGAUUCCGAUACGACAAGAGUUUUCUCAUCUAAACAAAGCUUCCAACGAUUCAUCACAUGCUUUGGCUUAUAACGAUAUGGCAACAGAUAUGAAUAGUUUCUUCAAUUUUUCAAACAAUGACUUUUCAAAUAAUGAUCUUUCUACUAAUGACUUUGCAAGUGAAUUUAAUGUUCGUGAUUUCUCCACGGGUGACUUCAAUAACGACUUCGCUAAUAUAAGCGAUAACAAUGAUAACAUAUCGGGUGCCGAAAACCCAAUAGCAUACAAUCUGGUGCCGUUACCAACAAACGACAACACUACAGGUAAUAGCACCAUCAAAUUACAAAAGAAAAACAAAAAGCCUGAAUUUCACCUUCCUUUAGACAAUUUAAAUAAUCGGAAUGUCAUGUUUCUGAAACUAACGGAUUUAAUUGCAUCAUCUCCGUCUGACUCAAGUGUGGAUAAAUAUGAUCAUCUAAGGAUCAUGGAGCCGGAUUUAGGUCUUGGCUACGAGCAUGAUUUAAGAAAUAAUUUUCAAGAUAAUAUAACUCCUUCAAUGAAACCACCAGGAACAAAUACCCAAGAAUACUUUGAGGCUUAUAGCCUAAGCGACACUGGUGGUGAGGAUAAUUAUAAAAACAUUAAGAUUGAGAAUGAUUAUUCUGGUAUUAAUAGUGGCAGCAACACCGAUACAUCUCAAGCCGAUACACAUAAAUUGGCUAAUCAAAGCGCAAGUUUUAACGGCCGGAGUGGUUUAAUACGUCCACAUUUAAAUUAUACCCAAAGUUUCAAUAGUGCACUUGAUUCGAAGCCCAAUAUGACGCCGGCGUUGAAUGGAUUCAAUUUCGAUACUAGCAUAACGAAAAACAUACCUGAUGCGUACCGCAGCACGAGUGGUGAACCUAUAGAAGCAAACCACGACGAACCAGCUCCUUUGAAUACAAAAAAUUUACUAUUGAAAACACAGCAAAACUUCUCGCAUCUUGAUGUUCAAAGACCUAGAUUUGAACGAGCAGAUUCAAAUCAAAGUCUCAAUAGUGUGGGCUCCAUUGGCUCCGCAACCAAGAAAAAGAGGAUACCAAAGGGCGCUGUAUGUUCAAUAUGCGACAAGUACAUCAGUCGUGACCUCACAAGACAUAUGAGGAUUCAUGAUGAUGUUGGCCGCUUCCAAUGUGUUUAUCCGAAAUCGAUGUGCAACCAUAAAACAGGCUAUUUCAACCGUCCAUACGACUACAAAAAGCAUUUGCUACAUAUGCAUUUCAAGUUUGAUGAUCCAAAAGGUAAAACAGCUCAUACAUUAACCGAUAAAUUGCCCUUAAUGGGAUCUUGUCAAGCAUGUGGUGCCAGGUUUUCGGCAAAUGAUUGGCUCGAUUCUCACAUUUUAACGAAUAACAAGAACCAAAAGUGUCUGUACCUUAGAUACGAAACUAAUUGA